AUGCAUCUCAACAGAGAAGAAGAUAACAGCAAAGGCUCAGUGUCUCUCAGUGUAUUCCUGGUGUCUGUUGCAUCUGUAGUAUGUGCGGUUUGGCUGGUAGCUCUGUGUGGCGUCUGUACCUGGUGUCAACGUAAACUGGGGAAGAGGAAUAAGCCUGGGGUGGAAGCUGCCAGCUCUCCAGAUUCUGUGAGAGGUCGAGGGGAAAAUAAAGCCAUCAACCACAGUGAUCUAGACAGAGACUUUUGGAAUAACAAUGACAGCAGCAACGUGCAACAGAGGUGGAGCUCCUACCCGCCCAAGGAGUUCCUCUUAAACAUGUCUCCCUAUGCUCCCUACGGAGACCCUCGCCUCACGCCCAAUUUUGGCGACGCUUCCCUCUCAUCCGCCUCCACCCUGGAGCACAUCCCGUCCUCAGCCGUGGCGCGCCCUCGGCCCCUGGUCCGGCAACAGAGCCUCCAACAGCCCCUCACUCACCAGCCUCCUCCGGGCCCUAACGACCCCCCAGUCACCUCACAGAGCCUGGGCCAGCUGCACACAGGCCCAGGCGGCGGGGGCCACCGUGGGGGCCCGCGGGGGGUCCGGGGGAGUCCGGCUGGAGCCUCCCGGUACAGAGGAACAGGGGCAGGCCGGUCAAGGUCAAAUCCUGGCAGCUGGGAUCACAUGAUGGAGCAGAUUCGCAACCGAGGGCUGGACGUCAAGUCGUUCUUUGAGGGGAAGAUGGUUGUUCUGUCUCUAGCAAUCGGGCUGGCUGAACAGGAUGACUUUGCCAACCUCCCAGAUCUACAGGAAGCUCCGGCAAGCAAAGAGAACGAAACCACACCAGAAAAGAGGACUCCAGGUAACAAACCAGGCAGCAGCCCAAGAGGUCAGACCCCAGACGAGACCGGACGCCGCCACGAUGCCAACUCCUCGGUUUCUGACUUGGCCAACUCCGUCACCAGUGACAUGCUCAUGCUGUCUCCAGGUUCGGAGGAAGACGACCACGAGGGUCCGGUGUGUGAGAAACUGGGUCGUAUUCAGUUCAGCGUCGGCUACAGUUUUCAGGACUCCACCCUCACUGUCAAAAUUCUCAAGGGCCAGGAUUUGCCUGCGAAGGACUUUUCCGGCACCUCUGAUCCGUUUGUCAAACUCUACCUGCUGCCAGACAAGAAGCACAAACUGGAGACCAAAGUCAAGAGGAAGAACCUGAACCCCCACUGGAACGAGACCUUCCUGUUUGAAGGGUUCCCCUAUGAGAAGGUGGUCCAGAGGACCCUAUACCUGCAGGUCCUCGACUAUGACCGCUUCAGCAGGAAUGACCCCAUAGGAGAGGUGUCCAUCCCCCUCAACAAACUGGAUCUGGCCAACAUGCAGACUUUCUGGAAGGAGCUGAAACCAUGUAGCGAUGGCAGCGGGAGUCGAGGGGAUCUGCUGGUGUCUCUGUGCUACAACCCCACAGCCAACACCAUCACUGUGAGCAUCAUCAAAGCCCGCAACCUCAAAGCCAUGGACAUUGGAGGCACUUCUGACCCCUAUGUAAAAGUGUGGUUGAUGCACAAGGACAAGCGUGUGGAGAAGAAGAAGACGGUGGUAAUGAAGCGCUGUCUGAAUCCUGUUUUCAACGAGUCCUUCCCCUUUGACGUGCCUGCCCACGUGCUGAGGGAGACCACCAUAAUUAUCACUGUCAUGGACAAGGACAGGCUCAGUCGCAAUGAUGUCAUUGGAAAGAUUUAUCUCUCGUGGAAGAGUGGCCCCGCAGAGGUAAAACACUGGAAAGACAUGAUGGGUCGUCCUCGUAAUGCCGUGGCCCAGUGGCAUGCUCUCAAGGCCUGAGAGACCCAGCGACCAACCUGCCUACAGUGUUUUUCCCCUCCAAAUUCAGCAUCUCAGCCCCCUGCCCUCAGCACAUAUCUUUCCCCUCUACUCCCUAACUGCAGUCUUGCUCUGCAGACAAUGUGUGUCAUCUCUUUGUUCUCAGGCCUCUUUGAUAUCCUCCGCCCUCGGUCCUCGUGACACCAUCCUUAAAUUUCACCCUUGUCAAGCUCCGAUUCCCACCUGACCGCCGUCUCAUCUAUUUGUCUGAACUUAAAAACGUCUUUGAUGUCUUGACUCACUUCCUCAGUGUGACCUCUUUCUAUAAGAUUUCUUUCUUUCUUUUUUUUAAAGACACUCCUCAGUUUUGUUUUGUUUUUUUUGACGACCAUUCCCAGUGUUUAACAUCAGAGCAGUACGUCUUGCCACCCAUGAACCCAAACUACCAACCAAAAAUGGAUCAAACUGAUAUCUUUAGUGUCGGCAAGACGGGCUGCGUUCGGACACCUGAGUGUGAAUGGCACUGACCUGUGCAACCCAUUUGUCACCCACGUGUGGUGUUGCAGUGAGGAAUCUUCCACUCUGCUCGUCGCCUCUUCGUUCGAGUCCUCUUCCGUUACUGUCACUGUCCCUCCAUAUCCUUAAAACGCCUGAAAAAUCAGGAAAUCCAACUUAGGCAAUGGAAGAGUGAUGGGCUGUAUUUAAAGUGGAAUUGGACUGGAAUUGGACUCUGUCACUCAUGUUUGAUCUUUUUCACUCUUUCUCUGGCGCCACUGUAAUAAUUCUCCCUUGGCUGGAACCCUUCGUUGUCUGUGCGUGCUGUGGGUGAUGUGCUGUAACCCCAAAUGAAGUUCAACAAGA